UUCAUUAUUUGUGCCCGGUUCGUAUCUCAAGCUGCCCAGGCAUUAUUUUGUUCUCUAGAAAAAGCUCUAAAUUCAACGUAAGCGCUCCCAAACGCUCUUGACCGUUUUUGUGAAAAUGAAUAACCUUUUGAGAACCGGACCCGAGGGCAGGCUGAUCCGUAAGGCCAAGGGCUUGGCCUGCAGUCUAGAGGAUCUCAUGGACAAGGCGGAUGCGCUACUGGAGGAGGCUAAGAGUGCAAACGAGGACAUGAUGAGCUGCUGUGAUUUUCGUGACGAUAACCUGAUGAAACACCUGUCGGAGCACAACACCGACGAGGUGCAGAUGCAUUUGUUGCGCGACAAUGCCGAGCUGAAGGCCACUGCCGAAGAGUUCCGCAACGGCAUUGAGCAUAUUAUGGCCAAGUACCGGGAGCAUUGCGAAGGCGACAUGUUCACCGACAGCUACCAGUUAAGGGAGCGCUAUAUGGCCGGCCUGGCCGAUAUCGUUCAAAAUCAGAACGAGCGCAUCGAGCAGAUGGCGGAUGUGAUGAAACUGAUGGUUGACAUGGAGGAUCGUGCCUCUGACGACAACCAGCAGCUCAUCCGCCAGCUGUCCGAGGAGAAUGACCAGAUGCGCCGGCAGCUUCAGAUCAAUUGUGGGGACCCGCUGUUUCGCCAGGGAUCCCUCGGCUCCAGCGAGAGCAGCACCCAGUUCGAGAUGAGCAUGUCUACCGACCCAGACGCCUCCGGGGCAAGCAGCCUGGACAGCUUGGAAAGCUUCAUAUCUUGCCUCUCGACUAUAGCUAACGACGAAGGUGAUUCCGACAACUGCUCUAGGUCCUCUGAGGUGAGCCAGCUGGAGGUUAAUCGCCUUAUCGAUGAGGCUCUGACCGAGAGCUUCACGAAGCCAUCGUCCAGUCAGGCCGAGAAGGAAGAUCAAACAGGGCUUGAUCCUGCAACACUGAUCCUACAACACUAGUCCCGCAACUUCAAUAACAUGUUGUGAUACAAUUCGAAAAGGUUAUAUUUCGGGAUGGCGAUCCAUUUCCGCCUUAGCUAUCCAAGUGGAUUCCUAUGUAUUGCCAACCCGAAAUAUAACUUUUCGAAUAUGUACUAAAAGUAUUUAACACAAUUUAUCUACAUAGAUAAUAUUGACUAUUUGCUGGGACAUUUUUGCUGUUUUAAGACCUUUUUACUCUAUUUAAUUGCUUUAUAAAGUUUUGCACCCAUGA